AUGCUCAAUUUGACAAGCAUAAGCCUCACAGAACCUAGCAAAAACUGGAAGCAUAGAUAUCGCAACGCACGACCGCGUUACUUCGCGCCCUGGACGUGCGACCCCCGGUGCCGUUUUGCCUCGUCAUCGGCGCACCGUCACAUCCCCGCCUCCCCCCCUCGACUCCCUAUUGCCACCACGCCUCCAGAUCUCCGCCAGAUCGUCGCCUCGCCGCCUCGCCGCCUCAUCAUCGCCACGUCGCCGCCUCGCCUGCCCCUCGUCGCCGCUUGCCGCAUCUCCGCCUCAUCGCCUCCCAUCGCCUCCUGUUUGCACUCGGCUUCACCUCCACUUUGCACUCAUCUUUCCCCGCUGCCUGCACUCUGUUUCCCCCCUAUGUGCACUCACUAUACCGCCCUAUUUGCCCUCAAUUACACCCCUUGGGUGCGCUCAUUUUUCCCCCUUGUUUGCACAUUGCGAUGCCCCCCUGUGUCCACUCAACGUCCCCCAUACACGUCAUCCCCUCAUCCUCUCUCCCCUCUUUCUAUCUCCGUCGAUCCCUUGGCCCCCUCUCUCCCUCAUUUCCCCCCUUCCUUCACCUCCUUUGCUCCCUCCAACCCCAUCAUUCCCUUCCCUCCUUCCCAUCAUUUCUCCUCUUCCCCCCAGUCCUCCGCUCUCCCGCCCUGUCCUCCUCCCUCCCCCGCUGUCCUCUCCCCCGUCUCCUCCUCUUACCCCCUCCGUGCCGCGUCAUGCCCUGGCCGUAUCGUCUCCUUGCCGCAUGCCCCAUUCUACCUAAGUCCCCUUCCAUCGCCCACGUGCACUCCACUCGAAAGAGCAUGCUCACUCCCCUCCGACGCGGUGGCUCACUCCCUUCCCGUCGCACACGCUAACUCCUUUUCUGUCGCCCACGCCAAAUUCCUUUCUGUCACCCACUCUCACUUCUCGUACAUCGAACACGCUCCCUUCCUUUCCGUCGCUCACGCUCACUUCCACUCGUCGCCUUCACUCAUUCCCCUCUGUCGCACACGCACACUCCCCUCCGUCGCACACACUCACUCCUCUCUCGUCAGCCAUGCUCGCCCACACAUCCCCAUCCCGUCGCCCACGCAUCUCCAUCCCGUCGCCCACGCAUCCCCAUCCCGCCGCCCACGCAUCCCCAUCCCUUGUUCUGUGCAUCCCUCUCCUCCCCUUCCUACAUUUCCCCAUCCUUCGCCUCCCCAUCCCACAGCUCCCCACAACACCGCAUUCUCCAGCUCAUUGUCGAGCUGA